GUAGGGGAGAUCCUGAGCUCCGCGGACCCCUCGGCCAAGGCCAGGCUGACCAUCAGCUGCCCCGACUUUGGGGAGUGGAGGGACUCGGGCUUGGACCAUCACAACCUCCAGGACUUCAUCGAGCUGCGCUACAACCCGGGCUGCAUCCUGCCGGAGAUGGAGGGGCUGGAGGAGUUCAUGGAGUACCUCUCGGAGUCGCUGGAGCCCCAGUCCCCCUUUGACCUCCUCGAGCCCCCCACCAUGGUCGGCUUCCUCAAGCUCUCCAGGCCCUGCUGCUAUAUCUUCCCGGGCGGGAGAGGGGACUCGGCUUUCUUUGCCGUCAACGGCUUCAACGUCCUGGUCAACGGAGGCUCCAACCCCAAGUCAUCCUUCUGGAAGCUGGUCCGGCACCUGGACCGCAUCGACUCCAUCCUGGUGACGCACGUGGGCACGGACAGCUUGCCCGGUGUCAACAGCCUGCUGCAGAGGAAGCUGGCCGAGCUGGAGGAGGAUCCGUCCCAGAGCUCGCAGGGCAACGGAGACUGGGCGAAGAACCUCAUCUCCCCGGAGCUGGGCGUCGUCUUCCUCAACGCUUCCGAGAAGCUGAAGGACAUUGAGGGCAACUCCCGGGUGCUGAAGAGCUGCGAUGAGGCUGCCCUGACCCUGCACUACCUGGAGAAGCUGGGCAUCCAGCCCAACCCGCUGGCCCGGGACAGCGGACCCCGCGCGGAGCCCACUGUCCUCUUCCAGAAGAUGGGAGUGGGCCGGUUGGACAUGUACGUCCUGAACCCCGUGAAAGGCACCAAGGAGCUGGAGUUCCUCCUGCAGCAGUGGUCGGGCAACAGCUACCCCAAGGAGCAGGACUUGCCCCUGCAGUGCCUGACCUCCGUCUGCGCCCUGCUCGUCUGGCACCCCGUCAGCCCCUCCGAGAAGAUCAUCCGGGUCCUCUUCCCCGGCUGUACCCCCCAGGGCCGCAUCCUGGAGGGGUUGGAGAAGGUGAAGCACCUGGAAUUCCUCAAGCACCCCGUGGUCACCAAGAAUGACUUGAAGGGGCUGUCGGUGCCCCAACCCGAGAAGCCGCUGAAGCAGAAGAGGGCGGAGAGCAAGGAGAGCCUGAAGUCAGCUUCCAAGCUCAGAGAAGGCCCCAUCAAAGGUGGAGAGGAAGGAGGUGAAGGCAGGGACCAAGGAGAACAAGGAGAAAGCGGUGCCCAAGAAGGAACCCGUUCCCCGGAAAGAGGAGAAGAAGCCGCUGAAGAAGGAUGA